AUGGAAGAGUUUGGUUUGCCAGAGCGCUUGUUUCAGACGGGGUAUGAACCCUCGGGGCGGAAAAGAAUAAACAACUACUUCAAUUUGCGGUGGAUUGAAGUUGUAAAAGGAGCACUAACGGAUGCUCAACAGGAGUUGUUGGCUGAGUCGCAGUUUCGCCAGCUAAUGUUGAUGGGAGGGCAUACAUUUUCAGUGAUGUUUGCUCACCAGUUAUUGUCCCGGCAGUUGGUUACGCGGAAGCUGUAUGAGCUGUGGUGGUUGUUUGCAGGGAAGCCUAUACGAUAUGGUAUUGGAGAAUUUGCUUUAGUGACCGGACUCAAUUGUGGGUUGCCUCCAACAUCUUCUCUUGGUGGACAGCAAUUGGUUAAAGGGAAAAAAAAGGGUAAAGCGAAGGCAAAGCAAGUUGGUGGGGAUGGAGUCAUGUGGAAAACGUUGUUUGGCAGUGAGGAGACUAUCACUCCGGAUUGGAUCAUCUCCAAAUUGGCACAAAAAGAAAAGUAUAAAGACGAGGAAACCCGAUUGCGUUUAUCUCUUCUCCUUCUUGUAGAAGGUAUUUUGUGCCCAACCAGUGGUUCAACCCAGCUAAGACCUGAGGUAGUAGAGAUGGUUGGUGAUAUUGGGAUGUUUCUAGAAUAUCCCUGGGGAAGGGAGUCUUUUUUGUUAACGGUUUCAAGCGGAAAGAUAAGGUCGGCAGGACAAUUGGCCCAAGACACCCUUGCCAUACAAGGGUUCGCCCAUGCUAUGGUUCUAGUCACCGUGUGCAGUUGCCCACAAAUAAUUGCAGAUCCACGUUUAGGGGAAGAUCUGGUUUCUGAUGAUCUUCCGAUUGAAGACAUUGUUGAUGGAGUAUGUGCGCGGUCUGUGAAAAUAAAUAUUCUGACUGUGCAAACCCUUGAACUAACCGGUCAGGCUCCGGUUCGUUCCAUACUAUGCGAAGGGUCCGACAUCCCACCAUUGACAGCUGAGAAGGACGAUCUACGAGUCAAUCACAUGGUCUCAUUGAUUCGAGAUAGGUUCCCGUUUGAAAUCAAUACCUGGCGUGGAGGUGUUAAGGCUUCUGAUGCAAAGCAAUCGAAAGGGGUUGGAGGAUUGGGAGCGUCGAGUUCAGAAACAGUUGGGCAGCCUGCUGGGAAUGCUGAGGCCGACCGGCCUGAAAACGCCAAUACAGAGGGGCUUGCAGGAGUGUUUGAUGUAUCUACGCUCGCACGUUUGGUUGCAACCGAACUACAUGCCCGCGCUUUACCCAUUGUAACAAGCUUAAAAGAAGGCAUAUGUGGCGAAAUUCAGUCCUUAAAGGAUGUCCUUUUAGGCUCUUCAGUGCGUACGCAAGUUCGAGGAGAUGACGUCCGCCCUGUUUCUACCCAUCCUACGGUCCCUUCUGCCGUCCCCGAGACGAUGACAAGUCCUGGCGAGAGUGGUCGUUUAUCACCUGGUAGUUUAUCACCGGCUUUCCCUGUCGAAUCUCCAGAGGAUGCAUCACCUGAAAGGAUGUCCAGUCCGACUGAACGCGAUACUGCUUGUAUUGAGGAUAUAAUUGCGGAGCUAGCUGCUGUUUCUGAAGCCACUGAGAAUGAAGGAAAUGCCGAGGCUGCCAUUGGAUCAGAUAAGUCCUCAAAUGUGGAAAGCCAUCAUGUAGUUUCCGAUCCAUCUUUGGAGAUCGCUGUUGCUCAGCUUCUUAUACGUGGGCCUCAAUCUGCUGAGAUUCCAAACGAAGAGACUGAUUCGGAAGCCCCUGAUAAAGAAGGACAUAGCGAGGGUGGGACAGUAGAUAUGGAAAGUGAUGUUAUUGUUUCCGAUCCAGCUUUGCAGGUCGCUUCUGAUGCGCCUGAAACAUCUGGGAUUGGUGGAGACAAUGCAUCCCAGGGUGUGUCCUCAGAACAACAACUCAACUCCGAUGUGACAGACCAACCAACAACAGGCGAAGUUGGUAGCGAAAACAUUAUUGACGGUGAAAGGCAGAGGCGGUCAAGCAAAAGGGCUCGAUGCCCGAACUCCAAAUAUACGCCUCCUCCACUUCCUGUCAAGAAACAGAAGGGUAAAAAAGGUGGAUCCCGUGCAAAACAAGUUUCGAACAAAGUUCCAACAAUGAAGGAGGAGGCUUCCUCUGCUGCUACCACCAAACCAAAACAGUCUGGUAAAGAAACGAAAAUGCCAACUAUUCCUGAGGAGCCUUCACCGGCUGCGACGUCACUAGCAAACCCAUCGGGGUCUCUUGUUCCAGAAACAAAAAAGCCAGAUAUUCCUGAGGUCCCUUCAACUGUUGCGACGUCCCCUGCAAAAACAUCGGGAUCUUUUGUGGCAGAAACAAAUGUUGGCCCUUUUGUUGGUCGAUUUGCACCAUGUGUGCGCCCUAAUGCAUUCCGUGUAGCCGGUUUUCGCACCGUUAUGCAGACAGCAAGGGAGUACGAUAUAGGGGAAGGUGUUACCGUUGACAAUACGGUUUUCCAGUCCUUUUUUGAUUCAGCACAGAUGCAAACACCAAAGGCCGCAGACAUGGUGGUAACAUUUAUUCGAAGGCGCCUCCGUGUUGCGGGGAUCACAACUUAUGAUUUUUUGCCAGCAUCUUUUGUGGAAUCCCUUCGUCUUGAAUACCAGCAAUUCUGUCGUGUCAAGGACAUAGGCAAUUUCAGCUUCUCCAAUAUAUUCGCAAAUCCAGGGUUCCCUAAUAUGACGUGGGAUGCUAAAGUCCAAGUAUUAUACUUCCCAUUGCAAGCGGACAGGUGGCAUUGGAUUGGUGUUGUCGUUGAUAUAGCCAACUGGAGCAUUCAUGUUUUAGAUUGUAACCCGUCAUGUCUUAGUGACGACAAGAUCGUAGCCGUCUUGAAUCCGAUUGUCGUUCUUCUACCCCUACUUAUAGGGCUUAACAGCGGGAAAGCAUCGGCCGAAGGUGCAAUGCCCAUAAGGCGUCUUGAUCUCUCAUUGUUGUGUGAACAAAGAGAAUUCUCUUGUAUUGCAUCGAUUCUACUUAUGGAACUGCAUGCCAGCAAUAACAUCUCUCAGGCAGCACAUCUUAACGCGGAGGCUCUUGCACUUGCAGCUCAGACCUAUGCAGUUGAAGCUUUUGGGACAUUCAACCCCAAAUAUUUGGUUGACUUUCCGGUUUCCCCAUCCAAAUAA